AUGACGCUUCUAUCUUCUCUGUGUUCGUGUCCUCCAAUUCCUACCUCAUGGUUUCCGUUGACAUCAAAUACCUAUGCCUUCUCCAACAAUCUCAGGAUCCAAAUCCAAUCCUCUGCAUCCACCAACAUUUUCACCCAAAAAAUCGACACCACUCUCUUAUCCAUCGCUCAAUCCUUCUACGAGGAUGAGCUCUGGGCCGCUGCCUGUCUCCGCGUCCGUUCCUUCCAUCAAUUCCGCCCUGACACCUUCGGAGUUCAAGAUCAUAUGACGUACUUGGCUGAGCGCGAAUUCGAAGCACUCAAGGAGCGUGUUUCCGGGAAAAGAAUGGGCUUCAGAAGAGUCUCUUGCAUUAAUGCAUCCCUUCCAUUGUCCCAUAUCGCCACCCUCUCCGAUGAUUUAUGCUCUUCAUGUAAGUUUUCAGCAAAUGGGGAGGACCGGGUUGUAGUUGGCACUCUUGAUCUUAAUCAGUGCUUGAGCCUUCCUGAUGAAAUUGUAGGGGUGAAGCCUGAGGUCAUUGGAGCUGAUAUCACUAGGGCAUACCUCAGUAAUGUAUGUGUUGCUGAAGAGUUGCACCGAAAUGGGCUGGGUUAUGCACUUCUUGAAAUGUCAAAGUUAGUAGCUUAUGAUUGGGGCAUAACAGAUUUGUAUGUCCAUGUUGCUGUUGACAACGAACCAGCAAAGAAAUUGUAUAUAAAGAGUGGGUUUGUCUAUGAAAGUGAUGAACCCGCAUGGCAGGCCAGGUUUCUGGAUCGACCCCGAAGACUUCUGCUAUGGUCAGGGCUCUCAAGGACCUAA